GCAGCAAGACUUUCUCCCCCUUUUUUUUUUUUACCAAUCCACUAACAAACGCGUCUAAGCAGCGGAAGGAAAGAGACUCUACCCUGGUGGGCCAGCUGAUCCAGGGAGGGGGAUUUAUUUUCCGAAUUACAUUCCUGAUGGAUUCCUACAGAGUGACUGGCAUUCCUAACAGCGGACCACAGCGGGGUUACACUCAGCCACCCCGUUCUUCCAGACCCAAUAGUAAUGGAGUUGGUUCUUACGGCCUAAGUAUUCGUGUCCAGGGUAUAGAUGGACAUCCCUAUGUUGUCCUUAACAACCAGGACAGGGGUCCUCAGUUUAAUAAUGACCCUGACAGCAAUGGCUACCUUGACAAAGAAGGUUCCUUUAUUGAGAAUUACAAAGAGUAUGAUUUCAGAGGAGAUAAAGAAGGUGGGUCCAACGAUCCCUUUAUGGAGUACAGAACACAGAAGAUGAAGAAUUACACCGGUCCUCAGAAUGGGGUUAAUGAAUCUCAAGCAAAGAAGCCGUCCACACUUCUGAACUUUCAGAGGCAUCCGGAGAUACUGCAGCCAUAUGAUCCAAAGACUAACUCUCUAAACCUUGAAGGUUUCAACAGCCUCCCAUCUAGACCACAAGCUGACACUAGGGUGGAUUACCCAAAUCCUUACUCAAAGUCUGAAGUACAAGUCCCCCCACGUUUCAGGUCCUCAAGCCUGGAUCGGAACGUCGAUCGCGUACAGCCGGAAAAGAGGCAGCUAUCCCAAACAAACCUGAACACAGGCAACACAGAGGCGCCUCUUCCUAAACCGAAUUCGCAGUCUCCGUCUUUGCCUUCAGUCCAGGCAACCCAGCCUCAAAAUAGACCACAGUCCCAGCAGGCUCAGCCUCAGUUUAAACCCUACCUGACCAGUUUUAAUCAGUCCCAGCCUAAACCGAUCUCUAAAACUCCACCAGUACCUGCAGCACAGCCUCAGUCUUCCCCAGUGCCAAGUCCCUCCAAUGAGCAGAGGAAGACAUCGCCCACUCCUACUCAUAGUUCCAGCUCCAGCCUGGAGCGCAACCGCCAUGAUCCUGAUGUCCUUCCACUGCAUCGGAGCGACUCUGUCGAGCCAGUCCUUCAGCCCUCCUCCCGUUCCCGCCACUCCUCUUUAUCCUCCACCAGUAAGUCUCUGAUAGAUGAGCAGAUGGAGGCUUUGUAUUCAGACGCAAUAAACCGCCACGAGAAUCGCCGCUACAUUCCCUUCCUCCCUGGUUCAGGCAGAGACAUAGACACAGGAUCCACCGCUGGUGUUGAUGAGCUCAUUGAGAAGUUUGAUGGCAAAGAUGGCGGUCAUCACAGGAGGGGCCGGGCGGGGCGCAGAAACAGAAUUGAUCCAGAGGACAGGAAGCGUUCACGUAGUGUUGACAGUGCCUUCGGGUUGAGAAGUAGUUCUAACCACCAGGAUGAGUUUGGCCGAUAUCGAGGCACGUCUAAGGAGCACGUCCUGCGGCCGUCACAAUUGCGACUUCAGAGGACGGCCAGUGGACAGGAACCUUGGCCUUUGGCUGCAGAUGGGCCCUCAUCUCGGGCCAUUAGUGCACCAGGGUCCCCCCAGGGCUCCAUUUCCAAAGGAACUGGUUCCAUACGGGGCUACACAAAGUUACAGUCGCGUCCCUCUAUACCUUCCUUUAAGAGCGUAACAAGUGAAGAAAAUCCAUCCUCUAUCAGCAAAGUCUCAACAACGUCACUAUCCACAUCUCUGUCCAAACCUUCUUCCUCCACUGAGAAGAAGACCAGCACUGAGGCAGAAGUUCAGGCCACACCUGAUCUCCUGAAAGGUCAGCAGGAGCUUUCACAACAAACACACGAGGAGACAGCCAAACAGAUUUUGUUCAGUUACCUUAAAGACGGAAGCAACGAUAAUGACGAGGUGACGAAGAGGAAGGUGAACUUGGUUUUUGAGAAGAUACAGACGCUGAAGUCUCGGGCCACAGCAAACACACAGGGCGAAAAUAAAUCCUUGGACCUCGCUGCACAGACCAAAGAUCUGCAGGAACAAAAUACUAAACUGGAAAAAGAGAUAACUGAGCUGCAGAGACAGCUGGAGGAACAAACAAAGAAGAAUCAGGCUGACAGAAGGACAGCAGCAGAUUUAAAUGAGCUUCAGCAGGAACUGCAGCAGAGUUUGGAUGAAUGCAAGAAGCUAAAGGAGAAACUGGAUAAAACCGAGGCUGAGCUCAACACCUCCAUGGAAGAGCUCUACCAGGUGAAGAUGGAACGGGAAAAGUACCAGACAGAGAUCAGGGACCUGCAGGACCAGCUGUCAGAAAUGCACGAUGAGCUGGACUCAGCCAAGAGGUCCGCAGGUGACGGAGAGAAGGAGGUCCUCAUGAUGGAAAUGAUGCAGCUGAAGGUGGAAAUGCAGGAAGCUCUCAUACUUAAGGAGGAUUUGGAAGAAUUGUUGAGGAAGCGAGAAAGGGAGCUGGUAGCCCUCAAAGGAGCUUUGAAGGACGAAGUAGCCGCUCACGACCAGGAGGUGGACAAGAUGAAGGAGCAGUAUGAGAAGGAAAUAAGCCGACUGCAGACAUCUCUGGAGGAGGCCAAGCAGAGCAGCGCAGCAGCGGUCCGAGAAAAGGCCGAGGUGGAGGCAGCCAAGGGACAAGCGGAGGGCCAAGCCGGGCGACUGAACCAAGAGAUCGAGCGACUGCGCAGGCGGACGAAUGAGCUGGAAAAUGAGGUGGCUAAACUCAACCGGAUUAUCGAUGAGACCAAGCUGCAGGAGAGCAGGCUGGGAGACAAAUUUGGCCGACUGGAGAGAGAGAAAAAACAGCUGGAAGAGUCUCUGGCUGAAAUCAGGGAACAGGAGGAGGAGAUGUCCCGGGCUAACCGAAUGCUGAACCGCAGACUGGAAGAUGUGCAGAAAAACUUAGACAAACUAGAUCUUGAGAACAAGGAGCUGGAGGACAGGUUACAGGAGGAGAAAUCUCAGAAAGAGAAGUUCAAAAGCAUGAAGAAUAAUAUUGAAGAUGAGAGAAGGCUGCUGGACCGGACGGUGGAAAAACUUCAGAGGGAGAUGAGUGAUAUCGUUGAGGCGUCUCAAUCCUCCACUCAUGAGCUGCAGGAGCAGAUCAAUCUUUAUAAAGAGAAGAACCGACGGGAGCUGGCAGAGCUGCAGAGGCUCCUUAAGGAGAGAGGGCAGGAGCUGGAGAAGUUAGUGCUGACCACCAAAACCCUGCAAGAUGAGUUAUCGCUCCGAGAGGAAGAACUGCAGCGUUGUCAGAGGGAGCGAGAUGAAGCUGUUCUCAGGGAACAAACGCUGGAGAAAAAAGUUCAUGAUCUGGAGUUGGAGGCUGAGAAAAACACACAGACCAAGGAUGACAAAUCUAAACAGACGAAACUCAUGGAGGAAAGGAUAGCUCAGCUGGAGAUGGACCUCGAAGAGGAGCGUCAAAGUGGAGACCAGCUGAUGGACAGGAUAGACAGAGGAAGAGAGCAGGUGGAGCAGAUGAGGAAUGAACUCCUGCAGGAGAGGGCUAGCAGACAGGACCUGGAGUGUGACAAGUUGGCUCUGGAGAGACAGAAUAAAGAUUUGAAGUCCAGAGUGGCUCAUCUCGAAGGCUCCCAAAAGUCCAACAAGGAGGGUUUGGUGACUGAGCUUGAGGCUCGCAUACAAGAGCUAGAAGAGAAGCUGGAGGUGGAGGAACGAGAGAAGUCCAACCUUUCCCUGGCCAACCGUAGGCUGGAGAGGAGAGUCAAAGAGAUGAUGAUGCAAAUUGAAGAGGAACAUCACACGAUGCAAGAUCAGAAGGAUCAAUUGAAUCUGCGCCUGAAAGCCCUAAAGAGGCAGAUGGAUGAGGCUGAAGAGGAGAUCGAGCGACUGGAGCACGGGAAGAAGAAGCUGCAGAGGGACCUGGAUGAACAGCAGGAGGCCAAUGAGCACCUCAACAGCCAACUCAAAGCUCUGCGCAACGAGAUCAGGCGUAAGAAUACCUCUGCCCCUCUGCUCAACAAUCUGGACGAUGAUGACGAUGACGAUAUCAGCACUGACGGAGAGAUGUACUUCAGUUCGUCAGGGUACAAGCGCCCCUCAAGUCAGGAAAACAGCUUGUCAAGCUUUGGCUUAUAACCGGCAACGGAAUUUAUUUUAUUU